UCCCUCCAAAAUCUGGCGCACGCGAUCAGUGUCGUACCGUGUUUGCGAUUUUGUUGUACUCGCGCGAGUGAACUUCAAAAAGAUUAUUGGUUUUUUUUUUUUUUUGUGUUUUUUGUUUGUUUGUCGUUCAAGUCGGAGAAUCCAAUCAAAACCACAGCGCCGUAAAUGCCGCUAAUGAUCGGCGGGCCAUUUUGAAUACAGCCGAAUUUGUAUGUACGCGCACGUCAGCUGAUCCAUAAAGAUGACUGAAGUGACGACCAGGAACGUCGAUUAUGGAACAUCUGCCACUGCUAUUAUCGAUGACAGCGACAAAAAAGUCUUGUCCGUCAGACGCUACGAGGCGAAACCACCGGAAAACUUAGAUUUGGUCGACCCGGACAACCUGAUCGCCACCACCAAAGAAGAAGAAUGGGUAACUAAGAAAAAAGUAGAACUAACGACCAAAAAGCAAAUCGAGACCCGUGUCAAAAGGCAAGUGGUUUUGGAAGACGGCAAGGUGGUCGAAGACUCUGGACCGAUCGUCACUACCAAUACAACCGAAGACACCGAAAAACAGGAACACCAACAGACCGAGCACCGUCAAAUAGGAGACGAAGGUGACGGCGACGGCAGUACCAAAGAAGUAGUAGUCAGGGCGUCUUCGUUGGAAGGAAACCCGUCUCUUCUGAAAGAGGUUAGGGAGAAGAAAAUUAAAAGCCGGGAAGAAAAAGAAGAACUAGUCGAAACCGAAGACGUAGUCCAUCUCGGCAAUAUCAGUGAUAAGGCGUACCAGGAAGCCGUGCAGAGUAAGAAAGACAUUCGACAGGCACUCGAAGAAUCCAACCACAAAUUGGUACACGUGAACAGUACCGGGCCCCGUGUGACGCAUCAAAGCAGCAAAAACAAAAAGGUCACGGACACCGAAGACACGAGGCACACGAGGGAGGUGCAAAAAGACGGUAAAAUUGUCACGGAAACGUCGAAAACUACCGAACACGAAGAGGUGAACGGCGUUGACGAACCGGACAGCGUGCCAUUACCCACGUCGGCGCUACAGGAUUCGGUUCGCGAGAGUUCGCAUCGUUACGUCAAGACCAAGGACCAGGAUCUUAUCGAAUACUUGGCCGACGGCGAGAAGAUCGGUGAGAAAAUGCGGUACGAAGCGAUCAACGAGGAAGGGGGCAGGUCGGGCGACGUGGACCAACAGUUGAUGUUAAACGAUACCUCGGGCUGGGAGAGCCUGUCUGAAAGGAUUCGCAGGAUGCGCGACAGGCAGCAACAGCAGCCGGCGGUGGCCGGCAAGACGUUGGCGGACUUCGACGAAGAGGAACGUACCCGAAAGGUGGAAACGGCCAAAUGGCUCGAACACCAUUUCGGCAGUGAGUCGACCAGGUCGUCGACCGGCAACCUCUCCGAAGAAGAGGAAGACGACCGGGCGCAGAGGACCACGUCCAACAGUUUCAUAAACGUCACCAUGAAGUCAACGGACGCGCCGCCGGUCAACGGUUACUUCAAAGGCGUAUCCGAGUGGAAGGCUAAGGACCCGGCGCCGGUCGUGCGGCCCGCCAGGAGGAAAAAGGAACAAAGGGCCGCUGAAGUCAACGAGAGCGCGGUCAACGAGCUGGAAUCGUUGCCGUUGUUCAACACCGUCCAGAAAAGAGUUCAGGGUUACGAAAUGUCCAAAGAAAAGCUGUCGGCCCGCAACUCGUCGUCUAACGGAUACAGUCAGUCGCACCACCACAACGGCGGAUACGUUCAGACGGACCGGUCAUCAGAGAGACGUUCCAAGACGCCCGAAUCACCGGACGCGUACAGAUCGUGGGACAGGCGGCGACGGUCGUCGGACAAGAUCGUUGCACCGGAACCGCAACCGGAUUACUCGCCGGAACCGGAACGUCGGGCCAGCAACGGUUCGGCGGGACGGGCCAAAAAAGUGUACCAGAAGACUAGAUUCGCCACCGAGGCCGGACCACCGGCUUCUGGACAACAGCGGCUGGCGCAACAGCCGGGAAAGCAAGACCGGAAAAAGUCGUUCGGUGAGUCGUUUCGGAGGCUGGUGAGCAAGUUCACGGGCAACAAGGACGCCGCCGACCGGAAGAAAAACCGCAAAAAAACGGUGGCUUUGGCGGCGGGAGAACCGGUGCCGAGUAAUGGCGGAGAGUACGGUUACAGCGACGGCUACAGCGACGACGACCACCACGACGACGCCUACAGGAGUUACGACGACGGACGCGCUUCGGCCGACCGCCACCAGCGGUUGUUCGGCAGCACGCAAACGCUGGACCGACACCGCAACGGACGGACCGCAGCGAACAAACGCGACGUUAGUUGCGAACCGUCACCGUCACGCGCAAUGAACGGCAUCACCAGCAACGGCAACGGAGUCCAGCGUUACUACUUGGGCGAGGAUCCGUUUGGCGGAAGUAUCUACGGUCGCGAGAAGGAAUACGACGGCGUGACCACGUACAAGCGAAAACACCAGAAGAAGUCCAACGGCGUCCCCAACGGUCACGAACAGUCUAGAUCCACUUACUACGUUCAAAGGACCAUACCGGUGAACACGUCCAGCACUACUUUGGGCAGAUUAAGCAAGUCUACAGGACGCCUAUUGUCCGACGAUUACAGUACCGGCACGACAGAUAGAUCGCAAACGUUGCCCAGGAAGCUUCGGACCGAGAGUAAAAUAAAGAAACAAGUGUAUAAUUCGUCCCGCGAGAACGACUACAACGGGUUGAACCGUCCUUCGGCUACGAACACGGGUGGCAGCAUGAUCAACGUAUCGUUUGCAAACGGACCGGCCAAGCCUUUGCGGACAUUCUCCAAGCCGUCACUGUUGCGCAGCCAAAGCUUCAACGUGCAACCCGCUGACCCGGGACAGUUCUCGCGCCGUUCGGUGAGCACGCUACACCGACUGGAGGAGUCACCCCCGCCGUUGAAAAGUCCGAACAUCGUGAGUAGCAUCAGCCGGAGCACCAAGGAUCUGCAGUCGGUGGGAGUGGACGACGGGUACCGGUCAUUGUCGGGCAGCUGGGCGAGUCCGGGCGAGCUGAGCAACGGCGGUGGGUCAUACAGGCCGCGCGGAGAUGAUCCCAAGAAGAAGAUAUUCAUGAAGGGUCUGAUGGAUCACGCGCCGGAGCUGUACAAGACACUGAACAACCAAGACGAUCGAGCUCAGCAACGGUACUCGCCAGCCAGAACAGUGGACCGCCCGUACUCGAGCAGCGGCCAUUCGUCGUCGCCGAUUACCGUCAGCCACCGCAGCAGCAACGGCGGCGAGGUGACCAACCGGAGCGUGACGCGCCGCGGCAGCAAGGACGACUACUCGGAGACGGUGAGGAUCACGUCCAAGUCGGACGACCCGUACCGGCCGAGCGUCACCAACACGGUGCAGAACUUUAGCAAGAAGACGGUGCCUCGCGACGGCCGCGUGGAGACCAUCGAGUCUAGCGAAACGAAAACGGUGACCAAGAGCCGGUACAACGGCGGAGACCCGGUGGCCGGCAAAAUCAACGGGUUCAGCAACAACAACGGCGGCGUGGUGAUUGAAGUCAGAAACGGCAGGAACUGAUCCACUAAUGCGACUUUAAUAUUCAUUCAUAAUAAUUACUCGCAGAUCAUAAUCAGUAAACACGCUGUAUCUCGCAAGCCAUUGCGAUCGCUCAUCGCAACUAUUGGUAAACCGCCGCAAUGAUGUUGUUGACUAUCCUUAUUUGUUUUGUUGUUAUUACUGUAAUAUUAUAAUAAUAAGUCAUUACUUACAAACCAUAUUAAUCCAUAACGAACGGUUUUUCGAAAUGAUCAUUUGGCGUACCUAUUUAGAAUCGUAUAUUAGACGGCAGACAAGUAUAAUAAUUUAUAAUAUUAUAGUGCGGGCAACGAAUCCUGCAGAAUAAUAAUUAUAAUUUAAAAUUUAUCUAUAGCGCGUGUUUCUAAUUAUAUCAAGUUUGAUUAACCUAAUAUAAAGAGAUAAGUGAUAACUACAGUACAUAUUGUUAUUUGUAACACUUUAUAUUGUUAUUUCAAAUAUUGUAUGUCUAUACGUACGUUUACUAAUAAGUUAAAAAAAGUUAUAAACUGUUCGACUAAUUAAUUUUUUAUUAGAUUUAUAAGUAUAUUUACGGUAUAUUAUUUUGGCUUAAUGUAAUUUGCCAUGUAAUAACUAAAUCCUGUAAAUAAUUACCUUUAUAAUUUUAUAUUUUUUUAUCGCUCAAAAAAAAAAAAAUGCUUUAACGAGUUUAUUAUUGUUAAGUUUAAGGAACUGGUAAUACGCAAGUGUAAUUUCCAGUUUCCACAAGAGUGAAGAAUUGGCGUUUUUAAAUUUGCUUAAUCAUCAGCACAUUUAGUGUAUUAAAUCGAGAUCAGAAAAAAAAAUAUAUAUAUUGUUUUUAUAGUAUUAAUUUUAUAUACCUAAUUGAGUUUUUUAAUUUUUUACUUUAUGGGUUAUUACUUAUUAUCGUUUAUAUCUUAUAAUAAAUAAUUAAUAUUAUGUAUGUGCCAUUAAAUAUUGACGUUGCAACAUGUAUAACAAUUUGGGUAGUUCUUUACUCUAAUUUAAGAAUUAAUCUGUUAAAACUAUUUCAUAGCAAUACUGCAGUAUUUAUUAGUUAUAUGUAUUCUCACACAUAGGGCCUGGUUAAAUUUAAUUAGAGCCCGAAUCUUAAAUUUUAUCUGGUGUAAUGUACAUUUCUAUUUCGUUAACUCAUAACAGAGAUAAGGGGUCCCCUAAAAUUGUGAGCACAAAUUAGAAACCGUAGUAAAAAUGUGGCAUAGGAUCACAACUAUAUGCAUGCAAGUACAUUUUUAGAAGAUAUCUUGUGAAACUUUAUACACCAUAAUUUUAUUAUGUGU